AUGUCUGAGACUCGAACGGAACCACCGAGUCCAAGUCUCAACUACAGCUUCAAGACAAUGUCAAAUGGCUCCAGCACACCGAGAACAACAAAUGGUGGCACAUUGUACGACCUGAACGGCUCUUCACCCAGCAUCAACAUAUCCAACAUGGACGACCUAAACGGCGACUACUACACCCUCUCAAAGACACCCAGCCCACCUCCCCAGCGUCCCCUCAGGCAAAGACUGAUCGGCGCAUGGCGUCUCGAAGCCUACGUCGCCUACCCAACACCCUCAUGCCGCUUCCAACGCCCAACCUUCCCGAUGACCAAAAACGUCACCGGCCUCAUCAUGUACACGCCCGACGGCUACAUGAGCGCACACAUGUUGAUCCCCGGCCAAAUGUCAUUCAAACGCGGCGAAGGCGAGGAACCACAAUGGGCCGAGGCUGGUAAGCGAUCGUUUUCGUAUGCAGGGCCGUAUUACAUCAGCGACGAAGGUAUUGGCAGAGAAGAAAUCUUGAGACAUACCUUCCAAGUGUGCAAUCUCCCCGGUUGGUUAGGGGAUAUCCAAGUCAGGACGUGGAAGUUUGAGGAAGACGAUAAUGUGUUGGUGUUGGGUAGUGAGGAGCCCACGGAGAUCAGGGGUGACCAGAGGAUCCCGGUCUUGAAGUGGAGAAGGGUCAACGAUAACUCGAACGGCAGUCCGCCAGCACCAAUGCCUCAUAUCAAGGUCAGCGGGCCAGGCGAACCUUGA